AUGUUUGAGUCAAUUGUAGCCGAUAUUAUAGUUAGAUAUAUUGGAGAGUAUAUUAAGAACUUGUCAUCUGAACAGUUGAGAAUCAAUAUAUUCUCUGGCAAUGUAGUCUUGAAGAACUUGGAGAUCAAAGGAGAGGCAUUACAAUCAUUCAAACUACCAUUACAUGUUCAAAAGGGCAUUAUAGGUUCACUCGAGUUGAAGAUACCAUGGACUAACCUCAAGUCUGCACCGGUAAUAUUGGAGAUUGAUUCGAUAUGCUUGUACGCGAUACCACAGACGGGAUUCGAGUAUAAUGAGGAGGAGGAGAGGAGAAAGACGCAGUUGGAGAAGCAAAAGAAGUUGGAGAAGUAUGAGUUGAUUAGGACGUGGAAGGACGGCGCGGCAGAUGCACGAGCGGGCCGCCAGGACUCAUUCAUGUCGGGCGUCAUGUCCAAGAUAUUGAACAACAUCGAGAUCAAGAUCAACACGUUUCACCUGCGCUACGAAGAGGUGCGCAAUGGCAAGGUCUACUCACUGGGCCUAUCGUUUGGCUCGCUGUCGGCCUACUCCACCGACCGUCAUUACAAGCGUGCCUACGUAGGCAACAGCUCAGAGUCGCGAGCCGUCGACAAUGACACCCUAUUCAAAUACGUCGAGUUGACCGACUUCUCCAUCUAUCUCAAUAGCGACGAUCAUUCCAUUCGCGACCUCUCCAACACAGACUUCCAACAAGCUCUCAAGAACAUGACUGGAUCAAGCACGGCACUUGGAGAUCACAGGUACAUCUUGAAGCCAAUCACUGUAACACUAAAGGUAGAGAUCAAUAAGAACUUGAGCAUGGAUAUGGAUGUGCCCAAGCUGCGCAUCAAGUGCCAGUUUGAGGAGGUGUCGUUCUUCAUCGAGGAGAACCAGUACCAGACCAUCCUGAAGCUGCUGACAACGAUAGGCAACUACGCACACGAGCUCAAGUAUCUCAAGUACCGACCAAAGCUGCGUCCCAAGCAGGACCCUCGCGCCUGGUGGCGCUACUGUGCCGAGGUGUACAGGGAAUCGAUACGCAAGAAGAUCCAGCAGCGAUCGUGGAGCUACAUUCAGCGUCGACGACAGGAUCGCAAGGAAUACGUCCAACUAUUCAAGAAGCUUCAAGGUGUCGAAUGGGUCGAUGCCAUCAGCGACAAAGAGACCAAGCGACUGCAAGAAAUGGAAGAUGAGCUUGGCUUUGAGGACAUUGUAUAUUUCAGAUCAUUGGCCAGAAGAGAGCUGGCGAAGGAGCAAGCUAUUGCAGACUCAAAGAAGGGCGAGUUCUACAGCUCGGUCAAUCGAACGAGGAGUCUGUUUGGCUUUUGGAACACGGGCAGCACGCCACGCCUAAACAUCCAACUGACAAAGGAGCAACAAGACGAGAUUUACAAGUCGAUGGAGUACGACGAAGUGGCACUCAGUGCUACUGUAGAGAUGCCUGCCGAUUACGUACAACACAUUGUCCAAGUCAAGGUACAGGCCAUUGUAUUCACUGUGGUGGGAAGCAGGAAGGGAGAGGAUCCCUUGAUGAUCUCCUACCUGAACAAUAUAACAUUCAAGAUGUCACAGCGCGAACAAGGUGUUAGAUUUGAUCUGGACCUCGAGUCGUUCAACGUGGUCGAUCACUUUAGCCCCGACAGCCUCUUCCCCUACAUCAUCACAUCCAAGCCACGCUACAAACUUGGCAUCAACGACAUGACCGUGGCCAAAAUGUCGCCACCCAACCAAGAGCGCCACCAACACAAGGGCGCCAACAAGAAGCAACAGCAACAUUUGUUCAACAUCGUGUUUGAAACCAAUCCGAUUGCGAGCAACUAUGACUAUCGACUUUCGUUGCUGCUCAACACGAUGGAGGUCGUGAUCAACAAGCCACAGAUCGAGCGAUUGAUUGAGUUUGCCACGCCAGAGGAGAGCGUCAACCUGUUCCCCCUGUCAUCUGUGGCCGUCGAGGAGCUGAUCAUGCUCAAGGAGAUGACCAUCUUCCAGCUGCGAGAAGUGAUCAAUCAUCACAAGACCAUCGAUCUCUCGGUCGACGCCAAAGCGCCCACAGUCAUCAUACCCGAGCACGCCAACCGACCUGACACCACGCUGAUCAUUGUUGACCUCGGCAACUGUCUGAUGCAAAGUGAUGUGGCCGAUACCAAGGCCGCACGCAAUAAGAGAUCGACCGCCGCACUGGACCGCCGCCUGCUCACAUCCACGAUGGUGCAAGAGGACCUGGACCAUGACCUGGACGAGUCGGACCUGUACGAUCACUACCGCGUCAACCUUUCAUCGAUCAAGGUGCAGCUAGCGCGCAACGACCAGCAAUGGUGGAACGUCAAGGCAGGCAGCGUGGACGAUGACAGCAACAACAAUGGCUUCCCGCUCGUUGAGGAGAUGGCAAUUAACCUGCAUAUCCAGACCAGUAUCGAAUCCAAUGAGCUCUCUCUUGCCCUGUUCAAGGUCAGCGGCACGCUGCCCGAGGUGCGCGUCAACAUCUCUGACUCAUCGUUCGUUCAACUAUAUCGCAUGGCUCGCACCCUAUCGACUGAGUCGUCGCACACGUCCAACGCGUACAAUCAGAUCAUGGACACACUGUACACCACAUCCAAGCAGCAGGAGGAGUCGGUGCUGGACCUCAGCCACAUGGAGGUCAAGCUCUCCGAGGCCUACCGCCAGGUGCUGUCGCGUCGCAAGCUGUUCGAGGGCGAGUUCACGUUGCAAAAGGUGUUUGUCAAUGUUCAUACGAGCAGCAGGUACGCAGCGAUCUCUGGCGCCAGUAGCAAGCAGAAACAGAGCCGUCUCACACAGCUGCGCAUCCACGAGCUGCAGCUCUCGGUCAAGAAGCAGACAUAUGAUUACAUGGGCACACUGCUGUUGUCACAGAUGGAGAUUGAGGACUGCCUGGAACAGAACACGCGAUUCUCUAGUCUGGUCACAUCUCAGCCCAGGAACAAGGCCAACGCAUCAAAGAAUCUGAUAUCGAUCACGCAUCACAUCGUCGAGAAGGACUCGCCCAAAUACGAGGGCAUCGACGUCUUUAUCGACUUCAACUUUGGCGAGCUCAACGUCAACUACAACUCCAAGUCUAUUGGACAGGUCAUCAGUUUCAUGGACUUUUGCCUUGAGGACAUGUAUCGCGUACAAGAUGAGAUAGCACUUGCGGACAAGGCAGGCGCAGUCACACUGUUGGCACCAGCGUCACCUGCAACUUCGACAUCGAGCGAGCCAGCUGCCUUAUCACCGUCCCCAUCCAAGCCAAGAUCAAACUCAGUCAGCCUCGCAAAGCAACAACAACAAGCACUGGCAGUCACCCCAAGCGUACCGGCCAACUCUCGCGAUCGUUCAAGUGUGUUGCGUGCCAAAGCCAACGUGCACUCGCUGUCGAUCUCACUCAACGACGAUGGCAAGGAGAUUGGACUGCUGUCCAUCAACCGAUUGGUGGUCAGUGAGUGUACGACAUCGAUCUCGCACAUUGAGAUUGAGGGUCGUCUUGACAGCAUCACCAUCGAGUCGUUUGUAGACCUGCCCCCCGGCAUGGUGGAAGGUCAAUCAUUCAAGAUCCUGACGCCGGCCAAUCAAGACGUCGCAAUGGCUACGUUCAAGUAUCGCGCCUACACAGGACGCGCAAUGACAAAGCGCGUGUUUGACACUGAGAUCGAGCUGGACCUUCGCAGCAUUCGAGCCACCGUUCUGGUGGACUUCAUUCUGCGCACAAAGUACCUUCUUCAGCAACCAUUCAAGGAUGUCAAGUACGCCUCAUUGUAUCGAUAUCAGAACCAGGCAGAGGCCUCUGGAUCAGCCUUGGCCUCGGCCUCCGAGGCCAGCCCGGCAACAACAGAUGACAGCAGCGACGAUGCAGCCCACAAUGCCAAUAAUCAUCAGCAGCAACAACAGCAACAUCAGAAUCAGUUGAUGGAUAUGAAGGCCAAGAAGACGAACUUCAAGGUGUUCCUCGAGUCACCCCAGCUGGUUCUUUCUUCCAAGGACACACUGUCAACAGACGACGACGACAAGAUCAUAGCCGAACUGGGAUCGAUACAUGUAGACACAACGCUUAGACGCGCGACACAGGGCGACGAGGAGGUCGAGUGGGAGAGCAUUUCAGCCAAACUUCGCGAUAUGAAUCUCAAGACUUGCAAAGCAGGUCGUUACCAUCAGGUGCUCAAUAACGUAUCGGUCGAUGCAACCGUAGACACAUUGUUGUGUUGGGCAAAGACACAACGACCAGUGGCCAAGGACCUGGUGCCCACACAGCGCAUGAUCAAUGUGGAGAUCAAUGAGAUCAGUCUGGAGUUUGAGGACUUGGAGCACGCACUCAUCAAUAACAUCACCAGAGAUGUGAUCGACAAGGUAUCAAUGAGGACCAAAGAACAUCGCCAGAACAAACAAAAGGUGGCUGCAGCGGCCAUCGUCAAGAGGAAGCCACAGGUUGUCGAUGGUGAUGCCAUCACCUCAAUCGUUAAUGUGGACCUGCGUCGCUUUGCCCUAUCACUGCAGGCGGCCGACUCUGACCUCUCACAGAUCUCGCUGUCACAUCUCAACUUCAAGAGCUUCAACAGCAAGAACAACACCACAAACUUUGCUGGCAGCAUUCAAUCUUUCAGUCUUAGCGACUUGCGACCAGAUAAACGCAAUCUCCCUUUGUUCUCCAGCGUGUUCUCGCCCCUGCCCAGCAGCGAAAUCGCUCCCAAGGACGCUCCCCAUGUGACCUUUAGCAUGAAGGAGCAACAACAGCAGGACCCUGCCCCAGUCCUUGUAGUUACCCUGGACAUCGCACCAUCAUCGAUCACCGCCUCCGCUGGAUUCAUCUUGGCGUUGAAGGACUUCUUCCUGCUGCCAUUCGUGGCUAUGAUACCUGAGGAUAUGGGAAGCCUUGCCCACCCUUGCCGACGUCUCUUCGUUUGUGCUGUCCCGCAUGAACCUAGAUGUUACGCUCCACAAUCCAAUGUUCGUGCUGCCCGUGUCACCUCACUCGCCGAACUCAUUGGCCGUCCCAAUGGACAAGAUGCGACUCACCAAUCGAUACCUGGAGUGGCACUUUGGCGAAACACCUGUCCCCGUCGAGUCGAUGCUCGUUCACAUUGA